AGUUGUAUUGGGGAUCAAUACAGCAUACAAUUCAAGUUUUAACGAGCGAUAUGUGAGGGCUAAUACAUAUAGAUAUAUAUCUGUGAACUGUUUGUACUGUGACAACAAAUACAUAUUGGUGAGUGAUUACCGGUUGUGUAUCCACACAGAUCACUUAACUUGUAUUUCUGAAAUCUGUGGUACUAGUGUAUUAGCAGAGGAAUCGGAGAUAAGAUAUAACACGUAGUUUUCUUCAUUCACAGAUGUUCAGCAGUCAACUAUAGCACAGGGAAUCAUAACCAGCGAUCAGGAAAGGGUGGCUAUGUAUGCAGUUGUGUGUUUUAUGUAAAUGGUUGGCUAAAGGAGUUUACCAUGGAAAAUUUACCUUGAAAUAUUCAUAUGUUUUGGACUGUGACGCUUAGCAAGAAUGUGGCACUGGCUGAGCCUGUGUGUGACCCUUUUCUUGGGUGUGGACGGGGAAUCCCCUAGGGUGACCCCCACGACGACUCAUGGUGCAGUCAAGAUGUCUUUUCUCACUUCAGUUUGGGGACAGGGUCAGGGAAAGUGGAUUGGGGGUGCCUACUUUCAGGCCAUCAAAGAUGUUAACAAGAAAACAAAAGUGUUGCCUGGAUAUUCUCUUGAAACAUUAUUCGCAGAUACACAGGACGAUACAAUGGAUUCCCUUCAGGCUAUGACGGACCAGUACAUAAACGGCACCUUUGGAUUUAUAGGACCGGACGGCACGUGUGCUAUUGAGGCCACGGUUGCUACAGCCUGGAAUCUGCCCAUGAUUUCAUACGGUUGCCAUGACUUUGCUAUGUCACGUGUCCCCCACAUGACCAGACUUCAGUCGUCGUUUAUCCAGAUCCAGCCAUCCACGUCUAAAGUAUCCAAGUCGAUUUUGGCAGUGUUACAAUACUUCAAAUGGAGGACCAUUACCAUGGUGGUGGGUACGUCAGACGAAUGGAACCAGACCGCGCGCAGCCUCCAACAAAUGACGUCAGACCAUGACAUCAAAGUGACACAAAUGGUUUAUUUCAAGGAACCAUACCCGUCCAACACAAACUUUCCAGCUAUAGUGGAGAAAACGUACAGACGAACAAGAAUCUACAUUUUUCUGGGAGAUUAUUACGCUCUUAUCGACUUUGCUCGGGCGAUUGACCGGAAGCCGGAGACGAACACUGGGGAAUAUGUAAUCAUUGCGCGGGCGGCAGACGACCGGCCAUACAAUACAGAGGAUCAUAACUUCUUCAUCAAAACCCCGUUUGAGGUAAAUGUCACGGAAGAAUGUGUUUCGGCUUUCCGGUCUGUUCUUCUGUUGGUGCCAAGGGCCCCGAACAACCCUUCCUGGGAGACCUUCCUCCAAAACGUCCGGGACCUUAAUCACAAACCUCCAAUCAAUUUGCCACCUCUUCCGCCAAUCGUAUCCAAGCAUCAUGUGCCUAUCUCAGCGGCCUACCUGUAUGAUGCAGUGAUGGUGUUCGCUCAGGCAAUGGCCAGAGUCAUAGAAACUGGAGGUUCCCCGAGGAACGGCUCAGCAGUUGUACAACAAAUCAGAAAUAGCAAGUUCCAAAGUAUCCAAGGUUAUGACGUGUAUAUUGAUGCGGUCGGUGACGCGGAAGGGAACUACUCUGUCCUAAGUCUUACAAGCGAGCACCCAGGUCGUCUAGAGCAAGUCGGCGACUUCAAGAUGACAUCGGGCGAACUUGGGUAUCCGGACUUUUAUCUCAAGCACGAUAUCAAUUGGCAAUUGGGGAGAGUGCCUCGAGACGAACCAGAAUGUGGAUUUGACGAGGAACGCUGUCAGUACGAGCCAGAUUGGAAGAUAGCCACCAUAUGUAGUGUUGUAGCCGCAGCCUUGUCAGUGGCCAGUGUAUUUGCCUGCAGGCAUUAUCUUUAUGAGCAAAAGUUAGCCCGGUUAUUAUGGAAAAUAGAGUAUAAAGACCUGAUUCUUGUGGAUUCAGUCCACGACAUCAUCCCGCCUGCUUGUCCAAAGCGCAAAUCUACAAAUCCUUGGAGGUUUCUAAUAUCCAGCGACGAGCCAGAAAGAGCGACGUUACUCGGAAACACUAAACAAGAUAUGAAAAACGGCGACUCAAAAAAAUCCAUAACCAUAGGGUCGUUUAAGGGAACAAUAGUAGCAAUAAAACAUAUAUACAGGAAAAAUGUUGACAUUAAUCGGUCAUUGAAAAAGCAGCUUCAGUUGCGGAAAGAACUUAACCACGAUAAUAUCAACAGAUUCAUUGGCGCAUCAGUAGAUCCUCCCCGAAUCUACAUCAUCACCCAGUUCUGUGCAAGGGGAAGUCUAGCGGAUAUUCUUCAGAAUGAAGACCUGCAUCUCGAUGACAUGUUCGUGGCAUCGUUAGUAGCAGACCUGAUUAAGGGAAUGUUAUUCAUCCACGAGAGUGAGUUGGUAUUUCACGGUAAUCUCAAGUCCAGCAAUUGUCUAGUAGACAGCCGAUGGGUGUUACAGAUCAGUGACUUUGGCCUGCACCACCUCAUGUAUAAAGACACUUCACCAAAACACGACACAGAUACCUAUCAUAAAGGUUUACUGUGGAAGGCGCCAGAACUACUACGGGACAUCAGCCAUAACACAUUUGGUUCCCAGAAGGGUGAUGUCUACUCUUUUGCACUGAUACUGUUUGAGACUCAUGCAAGGAAAGGACCAUGGGAGGAUAUAGAAUUCCCCCCUAAAGAAAUAAUCCGGAAACUGAGAGGGGGAGGGGAACACGUGAUCAGACCGGAUGUUGCAACUCUUCAUUGUGAGGAGUACAUUAAACAAUGUAUAACCGACAGCUGGACCGAAAACCCGGAUGCUAGGCCAGACUUCAAAUACAUUCGAUACCGACUACGACCCAUGCAACAGGGUCUCAAACCUAAUAUAUUUGACAAUAUGUUGGCUAUAAUGGAAAAGUAUGCAAAUAACCUUGAAGCACUGGUAGCGGAAAGGACGGAACAGCUCUCCCUUGAGAAGAAAAUGACCGAGAAUCUCCUAUUUAGAAUGCUUCCAAGAUCGGUGGCAAAUCAGUUAAAGAGAGGGUACAUGGUUGCCCCGGAACAUUACGAAUGCGUUUCCAUAUACUUCAGCGAUAUAGUCGGCUUCACUGCAUUAUCAGCGGAGAGCACACCGAUGCAAGUGAUAGACAUGCUGAACGAGCUUUACACGUGCUUUGACUCCAUCAUAGAACACUAUGACGUGUACAAGGUGGAAACAAUAGGAGACGCUUAUAUGGUUGUGAGUGGUCUCCCCCUUAGAAACGGAAAUCAUCACGCGGGAGAAAUUGCAUCAAUGUCUCUGCAUUUACUGAAGGAAAUAAAGGCUUUCCGAAUAUCACAUCGACCAGAUGACACUCUUAAACUACGGAUAGGAAUACACUCCGGUCCGUGUGUGGCUGGAGUGGUGGGGCUAAGAAUGCCAAGGUAUACACUGUUUGGGGAUACCGUUAACACAGCCUCACGGAUGGAAACUACUGGUGUCCCAUUACGGAUCCACUGUAGCCGAGAGUGCAAGUCUUUACUGGACAAACUGGGCGGCUACAAGUUAGUUGAACGGGGAUAUGUUUCAAUGAAGGGAAAAGGAGAACAGUUCACCUAUUUCCUAGAAGACCAGGAGACGUCCGUUAGAAUACGAAGAAUAUCAAAAUCAGAAAGACUACGGAGAACGGAAUCGCAUGAUAGCCAACCUUCUGAUACAGACCAGUCUGUCUCAAAGUACAAUUUCAGGACUCAAAACGGCCACAUUCCAAAGGAAAAGUGUAUGUUAAAACUUCGAGAAAUGUCUAUGAAAUAUUUGACAAGUAGCGAUUACCGGGUCCACAACGAGGGACAAGUCGAGUGUGAAACCACUCAACCGUCAAGUGUACCCGACACUCACCAAAACAAUAAUACGCAGUCGCACAACUACUCGUGUGCUUACUUCCGGGAACAGGAAACAAUGCCCUUAAUGCUCGUAAAGGAUGGCAAUAAUGGAUACGUGGGACCGGAGAGUGCCGAUCUCGCUGAGGAUAUAGUUUAAGUGUCAGCCAUUAAAAACAUUGACGACAUAAUCGUUACAGUUUUUUGGUCCUUCCGUCCAAACAUCACUGAAUGUCGAUAAAUUCCUCUUCUCCUUUGACGGAAAUAUUUGCACUUUUAUGUUGUUGAGGCAGAGUUUAAAAGUUCAUUAUGUCUUUAUUGUGUGAGUAAGAACAUUCUAUUGACUUCAUUUCGAGUGAAAGAGAACGAGAGAGAAAGACAGAGAGAGGAGGAAGAUUUUAAAGGAUAGUAUACACUUAAAAUUACUGGUAGUGACUCAAGGCGUCUCCUCCUGUAAUACUCAGCUGAUUCAUAUUUGAGAAAGGAAUGAAGAAAUAAUAAGGAUGGAUUGUGUUGCUGUCAUAAAUCGACAGUAGACAUAGUGUUUUACAUUUUAAGAGCUCGUCCCAGGAAAGAUGUCUCGUGUCUGGACAAUACUAAUAUACACUAUGUGAUUCUCAAAUGUAUCACUUAAUUAUUUCAUUGACAUCGCAUCUGUGAAAAUAUUCUACCAGGACUGUGCGCCACCAAACAGAGUUAUAUUAGGUUUAUUCUUUGUUUAGUAUUAUGUUGUUAUGUAAAAUGUUAUCCUAUUGUCAUUCCAUUAUGAUUAAUAGACGAAUGUCGUAAUUACGUGUGCUAAAUAUGGUAUGUGGAAUUCAUAAACACGAAUUCAGUAUGCGUUCCCUCAUACCGCAUUAGUGUUAACUCUUACAAUGUAUAAACCGAUUUUGUUUAUCGUUUAUCUCGACUUCGACGUAGUUAAGUUUUAAUGUAGAUGGUUUGCUAUAUAAAUAACAACGCAUAUUGAACAAUAGUUUGCCUAAUAUGUGUUAAAAUGCUGAAAUAACUGUGAUAAUAUGCAUAAAGUAAAAAGCAUUAUAAUAUGUGAACUGUGUAUAGAUUUAAAAAAAAAAUGUAUUUAAUAAUGUUCGCUAGAUAUUUAAUUCAUAUGUGUAUAAAUUUUACAUUUAUAAUUUAUUAUUCUAUGUAUAUAGUGAAAAUGAAGUAUGUAUACAUGUUCACGUUCUUGACAUGCACUUUAAUGUACUAAGAUAUGUAAAUAACGGGUAUGUGUUGCUUUAUACGACGUUGUAUCGACAGUUUUAAAGACAUGUUAAAUUAUAUUUACAAUAAAAAAUGAUUGUGUUGCUCCUAGAGGACGACAAUAUCUAAGACAUAUAAGUCGAACCUAUAUUUUGUAUUCAUUUUGAAUCCAACUCCAUAAAUUGACCUGCUCUUGAAGUAGUUUCCCUUAACAGUAGGUAAACAUUAAGACUGUCAGUAGGGCAUGCGCAGAGAAGUUUAACUUCUAUCGAAGUCACGUCUAAAUUAACUAAAACUAUAAUGGUCAAUGAUCUAUUGAUUUCUAAAUUUAUGUUAAAAGUACCAAUCAUAACAAUUUCUUCUAGAUGGUGGCAUUGAAAAGGAUAGGUAGUUUGCUCUAAAAUGUCGAUUUUAAAGAAUAAAUACUUAUUUUGAGCGUACGAUGCCAUUCGCAAUUGAAUGCCAUAUUCAUAUUGGUUGGAUACUCACCAAUAUGGAUGUUGGCAUAAUUUGUGCUUUCAUCUUUAAUUUAUAAAUUAGCAAUAUUAAAAAGCAUCCUAAACAAAGCCAGGUUAGUAAUCAAGCUAACAAUUAUGGGAUAAUUAAUAUCAAUUUUGCGACAUUGUCUAAAUUUAAAGAAUGAAUAGUUCUUGAUACAAUGACGCAAUAUUCAGGCUAUUAUUCUUUGUUAUUUAUUUUGUUUACCUGUUUAAAAAGUAUACUGUGGUCGUAUACAUGUAUUUAUUAUGUCUUUAUUCACAAAUGUGAUUCCUACAAGUCGUUAGCAACAUUAAAAUGAUAUAGUGUUAAGAGAAUAUUACUUGAGACGUUGUUGUAUUUUUACGUAUCCAUGAUGUUUGAGUCUAUAUAAAUAGUUGAAUUAAUUACGCGUAGCCCAGUGGCCAAACCAAAUAUAUAUACAUCACAAAAUGUUUAUAUUUCUGUGCUAUUUUCAACACAAUAUGUACAUGCUCUACAAAAUAUCCGGAAAGUAACCUAAGAAAUGAGUCGCGACAUCAACACAAUUAACCUUUAAAACUUUUUGGAAAAUUUUGACGGCAAUAAUUGGCUACAUG